AGCUUUAAAUAUACCUAUCGCAGCUGCUAAGGAAAGGAAGGCGUGGGUGCGAGUGAACUGCAGCAGGCACGCCGUUGAUGAGCACAUAUGUACGCUCAUGCAGAUCUGCAUGAGAGGGUUUCUCUUCGUUUAUUGUUUUUGGCUGAAUUAGAUCUUGUGAUUGCACACACGCAUCUAUAACCGUCUUUCAUGUGGGUCAAAUUCGCAACGCCUCGCUCCCCCUUCGCCUUUCGGUUUUCUCUUCUUUCCUUUCCUUUUUUUUAAAGCUAUUUUCUGUCUGUGCUGCUGCUGCUUUUAUAACUUCUCCUCUCUUUUCGGUAAGCAAAUCAGCUUUGCUAAACGAGUUUUUUUUGUCCUAGCCCCUAAAAAGAAAGACAGCAAAGCAUCAGCUAUUGGUUGAGGGGAUUUUUCUUUUUCUUCUCUCUUCCUCGAUUGUCGAAAGGGUGUUUGUAAAUGCCCCCCAAGGGAGGAAGUGGGCGCCCAUCCCUCGUCGCCCCCAGCCAGUCUCAUCGAGAUCACUUCUCAAUCGCGAGCUUCUUCGACGCGGCCACGGCACCGCGCGGCGGUGGCGCCUAUCGCCUCGAUUCAUCUUCGUCUCUCUCGCCGUACGCCUCGGCUUCUCCUCGAGGCAGCCAUGGCUCGACCAGCAACAGUGCAGGGCAGCAUCAACAUCAGCAACAGCAGCAAUUGCACUGGGCCAACGCUGAUCACUCCAGCGCACAUCUGCGAGGGGGUGCCGUGAGUUUCUCGUACACAGGCGUCUCGUCACCAGUCACCAACGACGUCUCCGGCACGUUGCAGGAGGUACGAAGUCGAAUUGUGGGGGAGCUGGACGAGGCCCAGCAAGGCGGCCGCGAGGCGGCUGGGAAACUUCAUGUCCAUCGCCAACGUGCCCUGAAAGUGGCGUUUGGAGAGGAGGCAGCGGCCAGUAAGACGUCACCGCUGCGGGCGGCACAAGGAUCUGGGCGUUCGAGCGCAUCGGCCGGGGCGACUGGUGGCAACUCACCUGCAACUGCGCGUGCGUCGCCGCACAACGACAAGGCCGAGGGGGAAGAGGAGGAGCUCAUGGUGUCCUCCGUUGAGUUCUCCUUGCUCUGCCCGUACUCACGUCUCCCAAUUCUCCAUCCCGUGCGCAGCAGGGACUGCAACCACCUUCAGUGCUGCGACCUCGAGUCAUGGAUUGUGAUGCUGGACAAGUGUCGGUCGAUGCGUGACCCUGUCGGGCCGUGCCCCGUGUGCGAGCGCCGCGUCACCGCCUCCUCCCUCGAGGUGGACCUGUGGAUGAAAAACGUCAUUGACCAAAUGCCGAGUGGAACGCACAUGGUGGUGCUCGAGCCGGACGGCAGCUUCCGCAACGGCGAUGUGACGCGUGAGAAGCGGAAGGAGCAGAUGAUGAUGGUGGUGGAUGCGACGCAGGGCGACUAUGAGAAUUACUUCGGCGACGUGACGGACGAGGAGAGCGACGACGUCGUGGUGCAGGCGAACCCGCCCUCGUCUUCUUCCUCCUCUGCUACGAUUUCGGCCGUACUAGCGGCGGCCGGCACGCGGCGACCGCGGAGUCUACCACCGGGUCCGACGUCCGACAGAGCGGCCUCCGAUGGUGGUCAGUCUCCGGCGGUGCGUGUAAAACGUGAACAGGCGGCGUCGAUCGCUGCAGCAGCGGGGGAGGCAGGCGCGUCUCCUCCCCCUUCCCCUUCUGCGCAAGACGACGGCGGUGUCGUGGUGGUGCACUUUGUGGAGGGCCAGCACGACGGACGGCAGGCGCUGCCCAGCCAAAUCCGACUGUGGGUGCCGCACUGCACACAAUGCGGCGCAUCGCGGGUGAAGGCCGAGGACGGCUCCGUCGAAGGCUGUCCGCAGUGCGGUCAGAAUGAGAAGGAAAAGUGGAAUCUCGUCCGCCGCUUUGAGACGUCGCCUGCGGUGUCGAUGGAGCUGAUGACGGACGGCACGCUGGUGCUGCACGGUGUGGAUCUCAUCGCGCCCUACCUCUACCGCGCCGGUUUCCAUCGCAGCCUCUUUGAUGCCAUGGAGUACGCGUCGGUGGCGGAGCGGCAACGGCACACCUACCGGCCUCUGCCCGGGGUGUGGGCCACGUCUUAUCCACUGAGUCGCUUUGAGAUCGACUUUUUGGAGGCGUGCUGCGGACGCAUCGCGCAGGGGACGAAUUUAGACGAAAUUGAGACUUUAACGGUGCCGAGUCUUUUCCGCAUUCCACGCCGGCGACGUCCUGGUGCGCCGUCAGGCUACAGCCAGUCCCAGCAAAGCAGUCGAUCUGGUGCCGCACCGAGUAGCACAGGCAGACACCCGGGCUAUGCAGGGGGAGUGCUCACUCAGGACGGGUCUCGACGGACUCCGUAA